UUAAAAAGAGAACGAAUGAACUUUAUUUAUUUUAUUAAAUAUAUUUUUUUAAAAAUAUUAUUUAUAAAAGUAUUCAUCAUUUUGUAUAUAUUGAUAGAUAAAUGUGUACGUCGCUCGUCGCUGCCCAAGAAUGCGAAAAAGUACAAUCGAUUCAGAAACGAAUUGCAUCUGGACCGCGGAGACUUCUACAUCCACGUUUCCGGUGUUCAACAAACUGAUUGGAUACCCUGUGAACAAUUUUGUUCACGUAGACGUGUUAAAAGAGAUAAAAAUAGGCGUUCUAUUUUUUUUAAAAGAGGUACGGCUCGUUUAAGGUGCACUGAAGGCACGUUUCGCGUGCAUAACAUUUAUGGCGAUGGAAAUUGUAUGUUUCGAGCGAUUAGCUACAUUUUAUGGCGAAACGAGGAUGAACACCGAUACCUGCGUUCAAUGGUGGUGCAACACAUCAAGGAAAAUUGGCACGAGUACGGGCCUUUCGUGAUAGCUGAAUGGAACAUAUCGGAUAGACAAACUUAUGACAAUUACAUGAGCAUGGUGGGCACAUUUGCCAGUGAACUCGAAUGCACGGUGGCCACCAAGUUAUACGACAUGAAUCUGUCGAUUUAUCGCGAGAUAAACGACAGGCAUGAGCUUAAACGAGUGUUUUACAAUCACGUUAGCUCUCACUUCGAGACAGCUAGGCUUUUAUUCACUGGAAACUCGGACAGCGGUCAUUAUGACGUGCUGGUUCCCGAUUGACGAAUGUUUUUCGAGCAAGAAAAAAAAAAAAA